UCACGCUCUCCAUCUGUGCUGCGUCAUCACGCUGCGCCUUUAGCUCACCAUCAUUGGCGCCAAAGAAGACUGGAGAAAGUACUACAGUCCCGAAAUCUGUCCAAAAAUUAAGAUAUUGACACAUGCUUAGAAAUGGACAUCCGGAGGUUUUUUGCGCCUACCAAACCUGCAGCGCCCAAACCUUCAAACGGAAGCAGCGGAACCGAAGAAGAGCCCAAAAAGAGACAAAAAUCAAAAACUAAGGUCACAAGUCCCAAACCUGCUGAGAAACCCACUGGAAAACGAAAGAAAAGAGGUGUAUUCGAUUCAGACUCUGAGGAAGAGAAGAAAGAGAGGAAGACUAAGAAAAGCUCCAAAGAGACUGUUUCCCCACCAGUAAAGACACAUCCAGUUACUUAUGUGUCUGAUUCGGAUUCAGAUGAUACAUUUUUGUCUCUGAAAAAGCCUACCAAACCCAGAGAAAAUGGAAAGACUAAAGGGAAGAAGGAAUCGGACUCUGGAAAAACAAAAGAGGUAAAGGCAUCCUCCGCUAAAUCUCCAAUCAAAUCCCCGACUGCGGCUGUGAAGGCAGGGGUGAAGAGCUCCAAGCCCACCAUCUCCCCCAAGACAACACCGACCCCGCCCAAACUCACCUCAGUAAUAGAUUUUUUUGGAAGCUCAAGUGUUCAAAGAUCGGACAAAAAGAUGGUUGCCAGCACUAAACGAAAAGCACCCACACAGGAUAAUGAUGAGUCCCUCAGUGAUGAAGCCAUUGCGAAACAACUUCAGAUGGAUGAAGAUAUAGAUAUGGAGAAGCAGAUUCAUGAUGAUGAGGAAUUUGCAAAAACAUUAGCCAUGCUUGAUGAAGCCCCCCUGCCGAAAAAGGCUCGUGUAGAUUCAGUCUCACCAUCCAAGAGCAGCUCUCAGGUAGAUACCAAGUUAAAAGACUCAUCACCUAAGAAAAGCCCCCUCAAGAGUAGCUCUAAACUGGCUCAAAUGAAAAGACGACAAGAAGAAGAGAAUGAGGAAAAGAAAAAAGAAAAGAAAAUCUCUCCAAAGAAAGAGCCCAUCUCACCGAAUAGUUCAGAACGGGCAGCCACGCCCAAAACAGGAAGUGCGUCCAUGGGAACAACAAAAUCAAGAAGUAUUUCCACACCUAAAGGGGGGGCACCCAGUAAAACCUCACCGACAAAACCAGAGAAUAUUAGUCCUGAGGACCCUGAGAAGAAACGGGCAAAUUCAUCAGCCUACCGAAACUAUCUGAACAGGGAUGGCCCACGAGCCCUGGGCUCUAAAGAGAUACCACAGGCUACAGAAAACUGUCUGGAGGGCUGUGUGUUUGUGUUGACGGGUGUGUUAGAGUCUCUGGAAAGAGAUGAUGCCAAGUCGUUAAUAGAGCGGUAUGGCGGGAAAGUCACAGGAAACGUCAGUCGCAAAACAUCUUAUCUUGUUCUGGGACGUGAUAGUGGAGCCUCAAAAACUGAGAAGGCGGAAAGUUUUGGAACCAAGAUCAUUAAUGAAGAUGAGUUGUUUGACCUUAUAAGAACCAAGCCAGGCAAGAAGUCGAAGUAUGAAAUUGCAGCAGAAGCAGAGAAUAAAUCUGCUACAGCAAAGACCCCGGAUUCUAGAGGCAAACGCACUCCUCCAGCCAAGAAGACCACGCCACCAGGGCCCAGCCCCAAAAAGAAAAGCCCUUCGGCCGGCAAGUCUAAAUCCGGCUCGGUCUCUGAAACAUCUGUGGCGUCUCGUUCAAGUUCAGAAGUCAAAAAAAGUUUGGCCUAUGAUCAGACCAAAACAGCAUCACCUGGAUCUCAGUCCACACCAGAGAAUGAUGGAUACAGCCUGUUAUGGGUGGAUAAAUACCGUCCCCGCAGUCUGAAGAAUCUAAUUGGGCAGCAAGGGGAUCAAAGUUGUGCUAACAAACUUGUGCGAUGGUUGCAAAACUGGCACAGACAUCACAGCGGCAAUGCAAAAGCACCACCGGCCAAGUUUAGUAAGUUUGGGGGCAAAGAUGACGGUUCCGGGUUCAAGGCUGCGCUGUUGUCGGGCCCUCCUGGCGUCGGGAAGACCACAACCGCUGCUCUCGUCUGCGAGGAGUUGGGUUACAGCUACGUGGAGAUGAAUGCCAGUUGCACCCGCAGUAAGAACAGUUUAAAAGAAGUGAUUGCAGAAUCACUCAACAACACCAGCAUUAAAAACUUCUACACGGGUGCAUCUCAGACAGUGAGCAGUAAACACGUCCUCAUAAUGGACGAGGUGGACGGAAUGGCAGGAAAUGAAGACCGAGGAGGAAUACAGGAGAUGAUUGGUCUGAUAAAGCAGUCAAAGAUUCCCAUCAUCUGCAUGUGUAACGACCGGAAUCAUCAGAAGAUCCGCUCACUGGCUAACUACUGUUAUGACCUGCGCUUUCAGAGACCCCGGGUGGAGCAGAUUAAGGCAGCAAUGAUGUCUGUGGCCUUUAAAGAGGGGUUGAAGGUCCCACCCCCAGCACUUAAUGAAAUCAUCCUGGCCUCCAAUCAGGAUAUUCGACAGGUGCUGCAUAACCUGAGCAUGUGGUCGGCUAAAGACAAAGUCAUGACCUAUGACCAAGCCAAAGCUGAUGCUAACAAUGCGAAGAAGGACAUGAAAAUGGGUCCAUUUGAUGUGUGUCGAAAGGUGUUUGCUUCAGGAGAGGAAAGUGCUCACAUGUCUUUGAUUGACAAGUCAGACCUUUUCUUCCAUGACUACUCGUUAGCGCCGUUGUUUGUCCAAGAGAACUACGUAAAUGUCCGACCGGCCGCGGCAGGGGGGAAUCUGAAGAAUCAUUUGGUGUUGUUGAGUAAAGCAGCAGACAGUAUUUGUGAUGGAGAUUUAGUGGACAGACAGAUCCGCAGCAAGCAAACCUGGUCUCUUCUUCCCACACAGGCGAUCUAUGCAAGUGUGUUGCCAGGGGAACUGAUGCGGGGUUAUAUGAGUCAGUUUCCAACGUUUCCCAGCUGGUUGGGCAAAUUCUCAUCAGCUGGCAAAUACAGCCGUAUCAUACAGGAGAUCGCUUCACACACAAGUCUGAAGACGCUAAGUAGCAAGGAAGCAAUAAAUCUGGAUUACCUACCGUAUUUGCGCUUGGCAAUAUUAGAGCCUCUUCAGUCUCAAGGCGCAGAGGGAGCCACUCAGAGCGUGAAGCUCAUGGAUGAUUAUGACAUCAUCAAAGAGGAUGUUGAUAACAUAAUGGAGAUCAGCACAUGGGGCGGACAGCCAGAUUCCUACUCUAAACUAGAUUCAAAGGUGAAAGCUGCGUUUACACGGGCGUACAAUAAAGAAUCUCAUCUAACUCCGUAUUCCUUACACGUGGUCAAGAAAGGCCGUAAAGGCGCUGUUGACCCUGAGCUUGUAGGGGAUCUUGACAGUGGAUCUCAGAUUCAGGAAGAGGAAGAGGAAGAUGAUGGGCUCACUGCAGAUGCCAUGAUCAAGCAGAAGAAAGCCAAACCAGUGAAAAAAGAAGCCAAGCAGGAGAAAGCACUGGAUUCUGGAAAGGGGAAAGGCAAGGGUAAAGGGAAAGGGAAGAAGAAAGACUGAGACGACGAAACGAAGGGAGAGACAAACCCCCCCUCUCUCUGUUUUCAUUAAGAUGGGAGUGAAAACAGAAAUGACAUCAGCUCUAUAAACAAAAUGAGUCUAUGAGUCAUACUUAUGCACUUCCUGAAAACCAUCACUCAAGCUGCUUUCAGUAGAGCAGGGAACAGCAGUGCAUAUUUAUAUAGAUUUUGAUUUGUAGUUAUACAAAAGUAUAUACAGUGUUAAGGGCACUUACUAUCAUCUCGGUCUUGUAACAAGAUAGGGAAGUACAUAAUAGCCCCUGUUCUUAACUCAUUUCCACAAAAACUGAUAUUAUUGUGUUGCCUAUAUGCCAUGUCACUCAUGAACACAAUGUAAAUAAGUAACUGCCAUAUUAGCAUUUUUCCUUUAUUUUGCAUACCUCCAGAACUAUGAAAGUCUCCUUUUCAUUGUAUUUCAACUUUUUCUUAUGGCAGCACUUUUGAAUACAGACUGAUAGUGUGUAUUACUAGCCUGAAGAUUAUUAUUCUGUAAAUGUGUGCGGUUUCGAUGAUUAAAAUGAGGAUUAUGUCACUGUGA